AGGACAGUCGCGAUGACGUCACGGAUCUUAUAUAAAACAUAGGUUUCUUCCUCGUCCGGUCAUAGUGCGGCGAGCCUGCAAGAGACGGUCCAUCUCCCCUUUCUGUAGGUCCUUCCUCUCUUCACACAUUUAAACCCCGCAUCUGAACCGAGAUGGAAACGACGGCGAAGGAUCACAUCAUAGAAACCCUUGAUGAUCUGGAUGACAACGGGCUGAAAAGAUUCAAAGAUAAGUUGGGAGAAACAGCGUUCCAGGGGCGCAAGAUCUCCAAGGGGAAGCUGCAGAAUGCAGGGAGCGUGGAUGUAGCGACUUUGCUGAUCAGCACCUACACCAAAACCCACGCGAUUGAGAACACGAUAGCCGUAUUGAUAGCUAUCAAAGAGGUGGCCUUAGCUGAAGAGUUGCAAAAAAAGACUGGAGCCGGGGCAAGUGGUGGAGCAGCUUCUGGAGUGCACUUCGUGGACCAGCACCGGGAAGCGUUGAUCCAGAGAGUAGUGGCUGUGCCGUCCAUUCUUGACUCUCUGUUUGGAAAAGAAAUGCUGCUUCCCGCGCAGUACGAUGAGAUGAUAGUGGAGAAAGUCCCCUCGGUGCAGAUGAGGAAGCUCUACAUGGCCGCCAGGGCGUGGGGAAAAAACGAGAAAGACGCCUUCCUGGAAAUCCUGAGAGUGCAGCAGCCCCAUCUCAUCAGAGACCUAGAGGGAGAAUAAAACCGCCUCUUCCGGUUUCCACGGAAACCGAGCCGUCAAUCACCGUGUCAGAGAAUUCCGGAUAGCUUGCCAUUUUUAAUAGGAUUUUAAUUCCGUCUCCCAAGACAAUAAAUGCGGUCUGUUUUAAAGGCACUGGCGCUGUGGUCUUGUUUUAAUGCAGUUGAUAUAAACAGCAAAUCAGGUUAAAGGCUGGGUUUAAACCACCCCCUCUACAGAGAACGAAUUUUUGACUUUGUAAAUUCCAAUGAAAGCUGCUGAAUAAUGUUCCCUUGUUAACAUAUUGAAUUCCACCCCCUCUAUAUAGAAUGAACUCCCUCAGCUUCAUAGAGUCCAAUGAAAGCUGCUGAAUAAUGUUCCCUUGUUAACAUAUUGAAUUCCACCCCCUCUAUAUAGAAUGAACUCCCUCAGCUUCAUAGAGUCCAAUGAAAGCUGCUGAAUAAUGUUCCCUUGUUAACAUAUUGAAUUUCACCCCCUCUAUAUAGAAUGAACUCCCUCAGCUUCAUAGAGUCCAAUGAAAGCUGCUGAAUAAUGUUCCCUUGUUAAGAUAUUGAAUUCCACCCCCUCUAUAUAGAAUGAACUCCCUCAGCUUCAUAGAGUCCAAUGAAAGCUGCUGAAUAAUGUUCCCUUGUUAAGAUAUUGAAUUCCACACCCAUCGCUUUGGAGUUUUCCCAGAUACUUAACUGAAAAACUGACUGGAAAAAUGUGACAUUUCGAAAUCUAACAUGAAAUACUUACUGUACUGCGAUUAUGGCUUCCUGUUUUUUUUCAUUUCAAUAUAAUUUUGUAGUUUGUUUUGAUUACACUGUGUUAAAUAAAAGAUUAAAAUUAUGUUAA